AUGCUUCCGAUUCUUAGUGUCCUCUUAGGGCUUUUGCUCUGCGCGUUUGUGAAAGCUGGUACUGUCAUCGUACCCGGCGCAAUCUGGUACGACACCGACGGCAACGAAAUACAGGCUCAUGGUACGGGCAUCUUGCAGGUUGGGGAUAUCUUCUACUGGUUCGGCGAGGACAAAGCGGACAACAGCGCACUUUUCUCAGCUGUCACAUGCUACACUUCUACGGACCUGGUAAACUGGGCCAGACAAAACGAUGCAUUGACACCCAUAGCCGGAACUAAUAUUUCGUCGUCCGAUAUUGUUGAAAGGCCGAAAGUGAUCUACAACGAGAAGAAUGCAGAAUAUGUUAUGUGGUUCCAUUCGGACAAUUCGGAUUAUGGUCUUGCCAUGGUAGGUGUCGCUACUGCAGAAACACCUUGCGGGCCCUAUGCCUACAGAGGCAGUUUCAACCCGCUUGGAGCACAAUCGAGAGACGAGAGUGUCUUCCAAGACGACGAUGCUGAGCGAACUGCAUACUUAUUGUAUGCCAGUGACAACAACCAAGACUUCAAGAUCUCACGAAUGGACUCCAAUUACUAUAACGUCACCGAAGUCGUAUCCGAGCUAGAAGGCGCUACUUUAGAAGCACCUGGAAUGGUUAAGCGGGACGAUGCGCGUGCUCUGCUGAAUCAUUCAAUUGCAACCACUCACUUUUCUACGACAGGUGUACUGGCUGUUUGCCUCUCAUACAAGUGGCUGGGCCCCAAAUCCCAACAAAGCAUAUCUGGAAACUGGUCCGCCCAGGCUGAUAUUGCCCCAGAGGACACAAACACGUACUGUUCGCAGAAUGCGUAUGACCUUCCUUUGGGGUCAAAUGCGAUCUACAUGGGAGACCGCUGGGAUUCGAUUCUCCUGGGGAACAGUCGCUACACAUGGUACCCGCUGAGCUGGGCUUCCGGGGUUCCGCAAAUUGUCUAUGCGGACUUGUGGAAAGUUGACUACGCCGCAGGGACGUACUCCGUUAUGAACGGGACGGCUUAUUACGCCGCCGACGGUACAUUGGGUGGGACUGCCGUUAUGCUGAACAACACGUACAAUGGCUAUGAAGGGGUCGGAUACCUAGGCGAUGGUGGAACUCUCACUAUGACUGUAGAGGGUAUCGGAGCUGAGCAAUGGGUGUCCCUCUACUAUGCGAACGCCGACUCAACAUGGAGAAACACUACCAUAAGUGUCAAUGGCGGUUCGAGUGUAGUGGUGGACCAACCAAACACUGGUGGUGUCGAUGUGGUCUUCAGCGUCCCCGUCCAAUUGUAUCUCGCUAAGGGUUCAAACACACUCCUUAUCGGUGCCGACCAGAGCAACUACGCUGGGGACAUGUAUCAGAUUUCUGUAUACACAGAGAACUAG